AUGACUUGGGGUCUGGCAGUUCUGCUUUGCAUAGAAGGAGUUGCUAUGCUAUAUUACCCCUCAGUUUCUCACUGUGAGGAAGGUUUGGAGCAUGCCAUUCCUCAUUAUAUCACUACCUACGCCCCUCUUCUGCUCGUAAUCAUAGUUAAUCCCAUCCUUUUCAAAAGGACUGUCUCAGCAGUUGCCACAUUAUUGAAAGGAAGACAAGGAAUCUAUACAGAAAAUGAAAGACGUCUAGGAACAGAAAUUCAGAUUCGUUUUUUUCAAGAUUAUGUUGGUUUUCAUGAUAUGUUGGUUUUCCAAUGUCAUCAAUGAGAGCCUUUUGUUCUAUCUGGAGCUGCAGCCAGGCAUGAAUGGAGACCAGCUGAAGAAUGUCAGGAAUGCAGCACUUAUCACAUGGUUCAUCAUGGGCAUACUGAAUCCAAUGCAGGGAUUCCUCUUUACUUUGGCGUUGUAUGGA